GCAGAGGGUGUCAGAUCUUUCAGAGUGCACCAGGCUGGAACAAGCAGAGCUUCUUAGCAACUCUCUUCUACCCCCCUCCCCAUUCUCGCGCUCUCUCCCUCCCUCAGAAAACUCGCCCCCCGCCCUCCACCCCCUCCACGUAAUUCUGAAAGAGCAGAAUAAAGAGGAGAAAAAGAAAAGAAGAGCUAGUAACCGAGAGCCGGAGCCCAGAAAAAAAGCUGAAGAGGACCGAAGGGAAGGAAAGGAAAAGGAUGGACAGCUACAAAACGCAGCGAUUGCGGAAAUUUUCCAGCGCCAUUGGCUCGGCGGCGUGAGUUCCUCGGUCGGGCGUGAUUUCAGCACCGGGGGGACUGGACAGCACCUCGGGGGGACUUCUGGGCAACCUGCAGCCACAGCAAGAACUCCAUCAGCCGCCUCAGCUACAGAAGCCGCCGAAAACCCUGCUUUAUAUCAGAGAGGCAAGGUCAGUCCGACGCACAGCCAUGCACAGGCAGUGCGCCUGUACUACGCUGCAAACCCUCUGCUUGUUUCUCUAACAUGCACUUGCUUCUAAUUACUAGCAUUGUUCCUUUCCUGAUUAGUGAGGACCACUAGACCAGGUUCUGUAAGGGUGUAUUUUUAAUUUAUAUGUAUAUAUUUAACUUCUUUUGUUAAUUUUAAAGGGUUGAGGGGGAGUGGGGUUAUUUUUUUCUACUUUCUUCUUUUCUUUCUCUUCUUCCUUUCUUUUUCUUUUUUUUUUUUCUUUCUUUUCUUUUUUCCUCCUUUUUAUUUUUCCUUUUUGCUUGCCUUGCACUACGUGCCUGGAUAGUCUGUGGAUAUAAUUAUUGACUGGCGCCUGGGUUGUUGCAGUGCGGGGGGGUUAGGGAGGAAGGAAUCCGCCCCCACCCCCCCAAACCCUUUUCUUCUCCUUCCCUGGGUUCGGACAUUGGAGCACUAAAUGAACUUGAAUUGUGUCUGUGGCGAGCAGGAUGGUCGCUGUUACUUUGUGAUGAGAUCGGGGAUGAAUUGCUCGCUUUAAAAAUGCUGCUUUGGAUUCUGUUGCUGGAGACGUCUCUUUGUUUUGCCGCUGGAAACGUUACAGGGGACGUUUGUAAAGAGAAGAUCUGUUCCUGCAAUGAGAUAGAAGGGGACCUACACGUAGACUGUGAAAAAAAGGGCUUUACAAGUCUGCAGCGUUUCACCGCCCCGACUUCCCAGUUUUACCAUCUAUUUCUGCAUGGUAAUUCCCUCACUCGACUUUUCCCUAAUGAGUUUGCUAACUUUUAUAAUGCGGUUAGUUUGCACAUGGAAAACAAUGGCUUGCAUGAAAUCGUUCCUGGGGCUUUUCUGGGGCUGCAGCUGGUGAAAAGGCUGCACAUCAACAACAACAAGAUAAAGUCUUUUCGAAAGCAGACUUUUCUGGGGCUGGACGAUCUGGAAUACCUCCAGGCCGAUUUUAAUUUAUUACGGGAUAUAGACCCUGGGGCCUUCCAGGACUUGAACAAGCUGGAGGUACUCAUUUUAAAUGACAAUCUCAUCAGCACCCUACCUGCCAACGUGUUCCAGUAUGUGCCCAUCACCCACCUCGACCUCCGGGGAAACAGGCUGAAAACGCUGCCCUAUGAGGAAGUCUUGGAGCAAAUCCCUGGCAUUGCCGAGAUUCUGCUAGAGGAUAACCCGUGGGACUGCACCUGUGAUCUCCUCUCCCUGAAAGAAUGGCUGGAAAAUAUUCCCAAAAAUGCUCUGAUCGGCCGAGUUGUCUGUGAAGCCCCCACCAGACUACAGGGGAAAGACCUCAAUGAAACCACAGAACAGGACUUGUGUCCUUUGAAAAACCGAGUGGAUUCAAGUCUCCCAGCGCCCCCUGCCCAAGAAGAGACCUUCGCUCCUGGCCCCCUGCCAACCCCUUUCAAGACAAAUGGGCAAGAGGAUCAUGCCACCCCAGGGUCUGCUCCAAACGGAGGUACAAAGAUCCCAGGCAACUGGCAGAUCAAAAUAAGACCCACUGCUGCGAUAGCGACCGGCAGCGCCAGAAACAAACCCCCAGCCAAUGGCUUGCCCUGCCCUGGGGGCUGCAGCUGCGACCACAUCCCGGGGUCGGGUUUAAAGAUGAACUGCAACAACCGGAACGUGAGCAGUUUGGCUGAUUUGAAGCCCAAACUCUCCAACGUGCAGGAGCUUUUCCUUCGAGAUAAUAAGAUCCAUAGCAUCCGAAAAUCGCACUUUGUGGAUUACAAGAAUCUCAUUCUGUUAGAUCUGGGCAACAAUAACAUUGCUACUGUAGAGAACAACACUUUUAAGAACCUUUUGGACCUCAGGUGGCUGUAUAUGGAUAGCAACUACCUGGACACGCUGUCCCGGGAGAAAUUUGCUGGGCUGCAAAACCUUGAGUACCUGAACGUGGAGUACAAUGCAAUCCAGCUCAUCCUUCCUGGCACAUUCAAUGCCAUGCCCAAACUGAGGAUCCUCAUUCUCAAUAACAACUUACUGAGGUCCCUACCAGUGGACGUGUUCGCUGGGGUCUCCCUCUCUAAGCUCAGCCUGCACAACAAUUACUUCAUGUACCUUCCGGUAGCAGGGGUGCUGGACCAGUUAACCUCCAUCAUCCAGAUAGACUUGCACGGAAACCCUUGGGAGUGCUCCUGCACCAUUGUGCCUUUUAAGCAAUGGGCAGAACGCCUGGGUUCCGAAGUGCUGAUGAGCGACCUCAAGUGUGAGACGCCGGUGAACUUCUUUAGGAAGGAUUUCAUGCUCCUCUCCAAUGACGAGAUCUGCCCCCAGCUGUACGCGAGGAUCUCGCCCACGUUAACUUCGCACAGUAAAAACAGCACUGGGUUGGCGGAGACCGGGACGCACUCCAACUCCUAUCUAGACACCAGCAGGGUGUCCAUCUCGGUGUUGGUCCCGGGACUGCUGCUGGUGUUUGUCACCUCCGCCUUCACUGUAGUGGGCAUGCUCGUGUUUAUCCUGAGGAAUAGAAAACGAUCUAAGAGAAGGGACGCCAACUCCUCGGCGUCCGAAAUUAAUUCCCUACAGACAGUCUGUGACUCUUCCUACUGGCACAAUGGGCCUUACAACGCAGAUGGGGCCCACAGAGUAUAUGACUGUGGCUCCCACUCGCUCUCAGACUAAGACCCCAACCGGGGUAGAGCGGGGGUGGGGAGGGAGGCGAUCCCCCCCCCCACCACCACCACCAACCUGUCCCCACCCCGCUGUCAUCCCCGGGGUCAGAGGAGCCCAGACCCAAACCCAGCGCGCCUCAAGGCUUUAUGGACAUAAGUAAAUAAAUAACUAUGAACUCGCUCCAGUGAGAGGGUUUGACCCCUUAGCUCCCUCCUGGAAACAAAGAGCAGACUGUGGCGAGCUGGGAGAGCGCUGCCAAAUCGCUCUUUGCUGCGAGCUCCCUUUGAUAAAACCCAGCAGGGGCCCUGCUCAAAGAACUAGCCCUCUGCGGUGGAGCUGAUGGGGGUGGCUGCAGCGGUCCUAUACAUAUAUACAUAUACCCACAUCUAUAUAGAGAGAUAGAUAUCUAUUUUUCCCCUGUGGAUUAGCCCCGUGAGGAGGGGGGCGUGAUGGCUCCCUGUUGGCUAUGCAGGGACGGGCAGUUGCACGAAGGCAUGAAUGUAUUGUAAAUAAAUAACUUUGACUUCUGACAAAAACAAAAAGUGCUGCAUGGCUCGCAUGGAAACCACGCGCUCCAGGGACGCUGCCCUCCUUGGCGACUGGAGACGGCGUCACGUUCACAGCACCCACCCUCUUACCUGAUAAGUCCCAUCGUAUCAAACUUUCUAUAAACAAAACAGUAUAAUCAGAAAGUGCCAUUUCGCCAUUAUUUGUGAUCGGUAGGCAGUUCAGAGCGUACGUACGUUUACUGUGAAAAAAAAAAAUGUAAAGGUUUUAUUUAAGACAUUUGCAUGGCUAAUCAUCAGUCCAUUUUCUGAGUUAAAAAUGUAUUUUGUUGAGCGAAGUUUUAUGGGUUGUUUUGGGGGUUCUUUCCUUUAUUCUGAUGGUGAUGGUUUUUUUUUUUUUUUUUUUUGAGGGGGAAUAUUUUUCUAUAGAUAUCCAAUAAUGCCUUCCAUCUGAAUGUAAAAUAAGUACCCAUGAUUUCUAUUAUAGUAUCAGUGUAAUUAUUAAAAAAAAAAAAGAUUUUGAGGCAGUUAAGCAUGACCAAUUAAUGUCAUUCUAGUGCUUAGGCUGCGAUCUUAUGGUAGCAAUUCUGUGCUGGUGUAAAUCUUACUUAUACAGUAGGAAAAAAGAACCGAGGAAGCACGUGAAACUUACUAAUUCUAUUCGAGGAUUUUAUAAUGGCAUAUUUUUUCAGUAUUAAAGUGAAAAUGUUUUCAA